GAAUGCCGUGUCGUCCAGCGGAGCCUAGAAGAAGGUGACUCGCGCAGACAGCUGACUCCUUUUCAAUAGAAAAGAAUAACCAACCCAGCUGGCUGGUCAAUCUCAGAGAUCUUAUCGGCCGGCAAACCGGAGACGGACGACCACGGUCCCGACCUUACCAGCACCGAAGGUGUACUAAUCAAUGAACUUUCGAAACCUACUUUUUCUUUCUUUUCUGACAAAAUCAACCAAGCUUAAGCGGUCACGACAACAUCCAAAGGUUACCUUUGGAUUCUAAAGAUUUAGCUUCUUAUGAUGACCUGGUCGAGAGAGUACAAUACAUUGGUGUAAAAGAUUGAGUGGGAUCUGUGAGGUUGGUUAUAGUAAGGCCCGGCUGUCAAGCUAAAGCUUGCCUCUAUAGUGGGGGGGCAGUCUCCCUUUCUAGAUGGAGGGUAUAGCCCUAAUCUUCGGCCCGGGGUUUCUGUUGAGGGCAACGAAAAGCGAAGCUCUAGACUGGUAGGUGGUAGGUAUAUAUUCCAUUUUCUGCUUAAGGUUGCUUUGAGAGGAAGUUUUGAGGAAAGAGAGAACUUUCAAACAUCAGAAUAGUCUCUUUUUCCUCGUCCUAUCGAAGAAGUCUUCCUUUCUUAUCUUAGGAGUUAAGCGAUGAGUUGGGUAAGCUUCUUAAGGGUAUGGCUUCUCCGGGGCGACUAAGGACACACCCAACCAAACGAUCGGUAAAACGGGUCUCCUUUGGUACAAUCUCCUCUUCCGGGUCUAUCCCGUACGCUUGUUUUCAAAAAGUAGAGUAAAAAAGCAUUCUAUGAACGAAUUCCUUCAUAGAUAGAGUAGAUAGAAAUAGACCUUCUUUAAAGCGGAGAAAGAUCAGUCCAUUAUUUCGAACUAAAUCACAUACACAUAUAUAUAAUAUAAGGGGGUAAGGCUUGAGUCUACUUUCGAUUAAAGUUUCGAUCGAGUAGAAAGAAGACUCACUACUCAAUUCGAAGGCGAAGCCCCUUGCUGCCUUUACAAAGAUUUUCUUUCCCUUUUUUGCUUCUUUUGUUUGAAUAUGCUUAACACACUUUCUGGUCGUCCCUCCAGCACACGGGGAUCGGCCCUACGCACCGGGGACGAAGCAUAGAGGUUACUUUAGCCUGUUGUACUGGAGUGCUUCAUCGUCAAAAGAACAACAAUGGGUUGUAGCAUUUUAUAUUGAUUUGUCUAGAGGAUGUAAAAGAGGGCUUUCUCGUCUAAAGGCAGGGGUGAGCUUUCUCACUAUAGAAUUCGCACUACGAACGAAAGACCAACGAGGAUUCAGGAGGAGAAGGAGUAGGAGCUAGCUUUCAUUGAAGUAGAGGCACGAAGUAGCGAAGAAUUUCGAUUAAAAGAAAGGGAAAAGUGUGAAGAACUCAAAUUAAAAAUCCUUUCCAUCCCACGAAUCCAAAACUCAUUUUUGAAAGCCGAGGUUACCUCCGGUAACCACGCCACUGAUUUCUCCAACGAAAGCAAUCGACAUGAUGAUUCCUAGCGAAAACUCGCGAAAAGGAAUCAAGCCGGAAGCUUCGAUUGAAGAGAUUCAAUCUUGCACCAUCUUCCACUUUUAUCGAGAUCCGGAGUUUUUCGAGAAAAGGUCCCAUCCUUCAAUAUCAUGAUUGGGUCAACCAGGCCAGAUCAUGAGUCAAAUAUCAUGAUCGGGUCGACCAGGCCAGAUCAUGAGUGAAUAGAAAAUCGAAAACGUACAUAGCUGUUCCAGCUGAAAUACUUGGAAUAAUUCUACCACUUCUACUAGGAGUAGCCUUUUUAGUGCUAGCUGAACGUAAAGUAAUGGCUUUUGUGCAACGUCGAAAGGGUCCUGAUGUAGUGGGAUCGUUCGGAUUGUUACAACCUCUAGCAGAUGGUUCGAAAUUGAUUCUAAAAGAACCUAUUUCACCAAGUAGUGCUAAUUUCUCCCUUUUUAGAAUGGCUCCAGUCACUACAUUUAUGCUAAGUCUGGUUGCUCGGGCCGUUGUACCUUUUGAUUAUGGUAUGGUAUUGUCAGAUCCGAACAUAGGGCUACUUUAUUUGUUUGCCAUAUCUUCGCUAGGUGUUUAUGGAAUUAUUAUAGCAGGUUGGUCUAGUAAUUAUAGGGGGCGGCCGUUCGGUCGCCUAUGAUACUAGGACCAAUAGGUAAAAAAUAGCUUUGUGCCGCAGGUGUUGAACGAUCUACUCUACACAGGUGUGGGCUUACAGGGCUAGGGCUCAUAAACCUUUUCUUUCAUUCAUCAAUAGGGCUCUGCUUGCUUACUUUUCCGGGCCGGAAUCCAGAAAUUGAAGUCAUAAAAAAGAGAUCUUUCUCUUCGCACCUCAGAUCAAGAGGAAGGGCUAUAGUAUAGUAGGCGAGCGAGUUAGCGAAGACGCUUAGACUAAUAGAUAAGAGA